GGUCUUUGUCUCCAACGGCGUCGAAGCAUUCAUCGCAUGCGCGGGCAAGGUAGCGCAGCAUGCCUUGCUUCGGCGGUUGCAGCUUCCAUCGCCCCAGAGCGCUGUGGUCACUGAGGCCUCGGGCGAAGAGCUGGCCCAAAGAGCUGAGCAAGAACAGAUGCAAUACCCCUUGCUGCUGAAGCCAAAUGCAGGUGGUUUCGGCAACGGCAUCCUGCGCUUCGACAGCAGCGCGGCCUUGCGCGCCUCUGUCCAAGCGGAGUUGAAAGGCGCCUUUGGAGAGGAUGGCUUGGCGGUGCUGCAGGAACAGCACAGGCCCCGACACGGCUCGGUGGGACGGAUCUGGAUGUUGGAUGGCAAGGUGCUUUGUGCUGUCUUAGCGCCUGUCAUGGAGCUUGGCCAAGACCCUUUGAAGCAGCUGCUG